UCGCAGGGUGAGCGCCGGUCAGGUUCGCUGGCAGAGAGCUGAGAUCGGUGCGGUCGAGCGCAGGAAGGCUGAGAUCUGGGGGUUCACCUGUCAUAGGGAUCAGUACAGUGUGACCCCCCCAGGAUUGGAUCUGUGUGAGCUGGGCGUGCACAGGAUGCCCGCAAAAAAUAAAUCCUGUAUGAUUCCACUGCCUGGUAUUGAAUCGCCACCUGGGAAUGUUGGAUGUAGAAGUAAAUGGUAAUUUCUCUGUUCCUAACUUUGCACCAUUACCAAUCCCAAUGAAGCCGUAACCAACCUGGACUUGACCUUCUACAGUAUCUACAGACCCCGGUGUAAAGAUGUGGCUUUGUGGGCUGAUCAUUCUGAGCACUUUACUGCUGCCUGUUAUAUAUGGGCACAGUGCAUUCACCUGUGAACCCAUCACAGUGCCCAGAUGUAUUGGAUUGAGUUACAAUAUGACCUUUUUCCCAAACCUUCUGGGCCACUAUGAUCAAAGGAUUGCAGCUGCUCAGAUGGAGCCCUUUUUCCCUCUGCUGAAUCUUCGGUGUUCCUCGGAAGUCCAGGAUUUUAUGUGUAUGGCCUUCUUUCCAGCCUGUACCGAACCCAAAAACAUUGUGCUGCCCUGCAAGGAGAUGUGCAAGACCGUCCACUCCAACUGCAAGCCUCUUAUUGAUACUUUUGACAUUACCUGGCCUGAAGAAUUGGAAUGUGAUCGGCUUGAAGACUGCUUAGCAUCAAAGACCUCUGAAAAGGAGAACUCGCAAGGCACGCACAAACCUAUAGCCACUGUUAAAAGAGAUUAUGGAUUUUGGUGCCCUCGCCACCUAAAAACCUCCCAAGUGGCAGGAUAUAAGUUUUUGGGAGUGGAUCACUGUUCGCCACCUUGCCCCAACAUGUACUUCAAAAAAGAAGACUUGGAUUUUGCCAAAAACUUUAUUGGCAUCAUUUCUAUCAUUUGCCUCUGCGCCACACUCUUCACUUUCCUCACCUUCUUGAUUGACGUGAAAAGGUUCCGGUAUCCCGAGAGGCCGAUCAUUUUUUAUUCUGUCUGUUACAGCAUUGUUUCACUCAUUUAUUUUAUCGGGUUCCUCAUGGGGAACUCUGUCUCCUGCCACGAGGCAAGUGAAAACCUUUCAGACACUGUGGUUCUUGGUUCCCAGAACAAAGCUUGCACUGUCAUCUUCAUGCUCCUUUAUUUCUGCACCAUGGCUGGGACCAUAUGGUGGGUCAUGCUCACCAUCACAUGGUACUUGGCCGCAGGUCAGAAGUGGAGCUGUGAAGCCAUAGAGCAGAAGUCUAUGUGGUUUCAUACCGUGGCUUGGGGUAUCCCCGGAGUACUUACAGUCAUUCUUCUAGCCAUGAACAAAGUAGAAGGAGACAAUAUAAGUGGGGUCUGUUUUGUUGGACUUUAUGACCAAAAUGUGUCCACAUAUUUUGUCCUGUUACCUCUAUGCUUCAGUGUUUUCAUUGGACUUUCCCUACUCCUGGCUGGGAUUAUAUCUUUAAAUAACGUCCGUCAAGUUAUCCAACAUGAUGAAAGGAACCAAAAGAAACUGAAAAAGUUCAUGAUCCGUAUUGGAGUCUUCAGCGGCACUUAUCUCGUUCCCCUGGGAAUACUGCUGGUGUGUUAUGUCUAUGAACAAUUGUCAAGGUCCACAUGGGAACUGACGUGGGUGGCUGACCACUGCCAUGAAUUCCAUAUUCCAUGCCCGUAUCAGCUAAAGAACGUGGCCAGACCAGACCUGGGGCUGUUUCUAACCAAGUACAUGAUGACAUUAAUUGUUGGGAUUUCCGCUAUCUUCUGGGUUGGAAGUAAAAAGACCUGCUCGGAGUGGGCCAAUCUUUUCAACCGAAAUCACAAGAAAGACCCGGUUGCAGAGAGCAGAAGAGUCCUGCAAGAGUCCUGUGAAUUCUUUAUCAAACAGAACACCAACCAGAAGCACAAGAAGAAACAUCACCGAUCCAGCUCCCACAACCUGAAAGUCCUUUCUAAGUCUAUGGGAACCAGCACUGGAGCCAAAACCAACCAUGGGGCGUCUGCUGUGGCCAUCACCAGCCAUGAUUUCCUGGACAAAGAGACAAUAUUGGAUGUCAGGAGUACAGGGGAGCUGUCACCAAGAGAAGACAAAGAGUCUAGCAGCAGCAUCCUUAAAGGAAGGGCAGACCACACAGCAGAAGAGACAGCAUUGACAUUGCUGGAGAACUGUGAGGCCCCCACACAGCCCGAGGAGCACAAGGACGUACCUGGCACAGUGAAAGGCAAUGGCUUAUCUGGAAGUGUACAUAGGCUGAUAGAGGGCAGUUCACGCAUUGAAAAAGACUUCAGUGAACCAGCGUCCUAUCCAGACAGAGGAUCGCCACACUCCACCCUGAAUACCGGCCUCUCCAAUCAUCCUCAGCCUCUCCUCAAAGACGAGCUUGCCCACAAUGAACAGAUGGCAUGAGAGAACUUUGUUGGACUUGUGAACGCAUACUAUUGCAGCUGCUAGUGUUACUGGCAUGCAAGGACUUUUUCUAAAACGUUUUUUGCACUUAACCAAAGCUGGAUACAACUGAGAGUAGUUUAAAGGGUCAGUCCACCCAAAAUGGAUAUUUCUGGUUUGGAAAGAGG